AUGACAUUAAUACUGAUGUAGAUGUUAAAACAGAAGAUCUGAGUGUAACGCGUCAGCUGGCAGCUCCAAUGCAGGAAAUGUGUGACAGUGACAAUGCAGAUGAAAAGAUGCUAACAUUUUAUGUAACACAGAACAAACAGAAGAUCAGGGGCUAGCAAAUAUGCCAGAAGCUGCAAAGCAGGAAAUAUGUGACAAUAUAAGUACAGGUGAAAACGAUGCUAAGAUUUCAUGUAACAUGGGACAAACAGAAGAUCAGUGGCUAAGAAAUGUCCAACCAUCAGAGCAGGAAAUUUGUGCCAAUAUAAGUACAGGUGAAUUCACAAACUGCAAUAAUCCUAGCCAUGAUCAGAGUGCAGAUGCUUCUUUACAUCUUCUUCAAAAUCAAAGAAGCCACUUGGGAAAUUUAUGUUCUGAAUGUGGGAAAUGUUUUCUUAAGAAAUCACAUCUUCUUAAACAUCUAAAAAUUUGUACAGGAGAAAAGCCAUGUUCCUGUCCUAUAUGUGGGAAACGUUUUAACUGUAAAAACAUUCUUGUUGCUCAUCAGAAAAUUCAUACAGGAGAAAAAGAAUUUUCAUGUUCUGAUUGUGGGAAAUGCUUUACCCGGAAAUCAAAUCUUAUUCGUCAACAGAAAAUUCAUACAGGGGAGAAAGGAUUUUCAUGUCCUGACUGUAGGAAAUGUUUUAUUUUGAAAUCAAAUCUCAUUACACAUCAGAAAAUUAAUACAGGGGUGAAAGGAUUUUCAUGUUCUGACUGUGGGAAAUGUUUUACUCGGAAAUCAACUCUUCUUAUGCAUCAAAAAAUUCAUACAGGGGAAAAAGGAUUUCCAUGUUCUGACUGUGGAAAAUGUUUUAUCCUGAAAUCAUAUCUUAUUAGGCAUCAGAAAAUUCAUACAGGGGAGAAAGCAUUUUCAUGUUCUGACUGUGGGAAAUGUUUUACUUUUAAAUCAACUCUUAUUAUGCAUCAAAAAAUUCAUACAAGGGAGAAAGCUUUUUCAUGUUCUGACUGUGGGAAAUGUUUUACUCAGAAAUCAAAUCUUCUUACCCAUCAGAAAACGCAUACAGGAGAAAAAGCAUUUUCGUGUUCUGACUGUGGAAAAUGUUUUACUCGGAAAUCAACUCUUCUUAUGCAUCAAAAAAUUCAUACAGGGGAAAUAGGAUUUCCAUGUUCUGACUGUGGAAAAUGUUUUAUCCUAAAAUCACAUCUUAUUAGGCAUCAGAAAAUUCAUACAGGGGAAAAAGGAUUUCCAUGUUCUGACUGUGGAAAAUGUUUUAUCCUAAAAUCACAUCUUACUAGGCAUCAGAAAAUUCAUACAGGGGAGAAGCCAUUUUCAUGUCCUGACUGUGGGAAAUGUUUUACUCUGAAAUCAAAUCUCAUUACACAUCAGAAAAUUCAUACAGGGGAAAAAGGAUUUCCAUGUUCUGACUGUGGAAAAUGUUUUAUCCUAAAAUCACAUCUUACUAGGCAUCAGAAAAUUCAUACAGGGGAGAAGCCAUUUUCAUGUCCUGACUGUGGGAAAUGUUUUACUCGUAAAUCAAAUCUCAUUACACAUCAGAAAAUUCAUACAGGGGUGAAAGGAUUUUCAUGUUCUGACUGUGGAAAAUGUUUUACUCAGAAAUCAACUCUUCUUAUUCAUCAAAAAAUUCAUACAGGGGAAAAAGGAUUUCCAUGUUCUGACUGUGGAAAAUGUUUUAUCCUGAAUUCAUAUCUUAUGAGGCAUCAGAAAAUUCAUAUUAAAAGAAAUCAGAGUUUAACCUCCUAAGUUCAGAGGAAUAAUAUGGUAGUUGUCACCCACACAUGACUGCAUGUGACCCCAGGGGGGAUUUGAUUUAAAAAUUAUGAUUUAAAUCACUAGUCCGUAAGAUUUAAAUCAUGGUUUUCAUUUUUAGAAUAAGUUUUCAAAUUAUUUGUUUAUAGUUAUACCAGGAUAUUACUAAAUUGGUUAUAUAUCAUUAGAUAUGCAUAGAUAGAUCAUUGAAAUGAAUAAAAUUAUUUGGAGGUGAAUUUUCUCCAGUUUAAUUGGUUAAUCAUUCACAUUUGAUCAACUUUUCACGUGUACUUUAUUGGAAGGAGAAAAAUGAUUACAUUAAUAAUAAUAAUAUUAGAAAUAAUGUUGUUUUAGUAAAAUAAAACUAUUUUUCAUUUUUAA